AUGCCCAACAGUGCAAUCAACGUAUCACAAACCCCAAAAAGAGGAAAAAUUGUUAACAUGGCCCCAGAACCUUUGAAAAUCGAAUCGUCGCUUAUAUCCCGUCUAAACGCCGAUAUUGUCGGUGAAAUAUUUACCGUUUACGUCGACCAGUGGAUAAAAGACAACCGCCAAGAAACGACACCCACUCAGCCAGCUAUUUAUGUUCUUUGCAAAGUAAACCAAGAAUGGAGAAGGCUUGCCCGCCGAACGCCGCGACUUUGGAGAUGUAUAAUCAUAUGGUAUUCGACACGAACAUGGAACACCUGUGAAGCUCUCUUAUCUGACUGGAUACAAUGCGCCGCAUCAUCACCUCUUCAAGUUUAUGUUUUCUCCACAGAAGCGCCUGACACAGAACUGCAUCCGUUGCUGCGCGAAACCCUGAUGCUAAAUGCAUCUAAAUGGUCUUCUUUCAUAUGUUUAGGACCCACGCCAUUUUGGGGCACACCCGUCAAGGAAUAUUGGUCGUUCCCACAGCUCAAAUCCAUUGCGAUUAGUUUAGACGACGACACAUACUGUAAUUUCAGCGAUGCACCACUUCUUAAGGAGUUGGUCGUGAGAAAUUUGCAAAAGAACGUCAGUGUCCAUUGGAGCCAACUAACACUAGUUGACAUAGCAGUCGAGAAGCUUGAAUAUGCGAUUUUACCGCUAAAGGAACUUAAAGUUGUACAGGAUCUUAGGUUAACGGUUGAACAAUGGCUACUUGAAGACCAGUUAACCGUCGUGACGCCAAAGUUGCACCCCCACCUAAGAAAGCUCUCUUUGCACAUGCCAAAACAGACAUCGGUCAUUAUAUUCAAUGCGCUCUCGACCCCCGCCCUGACCGAUGUCUCUUUAUACUUGCAAUCAGACCCCAACAAAAGCGACGAAGAUUGGCUACGUUCCUUUUUAGCAUUGAUCUCCAGACCAGGGCGACUUCAAUCUCUGACAAGUCUAAAACUCGGCCGCCUUGGUAACAUCACUGAAGCAAAGUUUGUCAGUCUUCUGGCACAGAUUCCUUCAAUCAUCAAUAUAGAGAUACUCAACCCUGGAUUUGUGAUCUCUGAUACUAUCGUUGAUGCCAUGAACCCGCAAAACGGCAUACAGGGAAGAUGCAUGCUUCCCAACGCGACACACGUGAUGUUCAAGAAUGUGAAGAUCCAAUUCGAUGGUUUUCUUCUUCUCAACAUGCUCAAACAAAGGAAAAAAUGCACAGAACACCCGAACGAUUCGAAUGCAGUACUACUCAACAAAAUACCUGUCAUCACGUCCUUCAAGAAAAUCGAGUUUUGGUACAACAACCCUGAAUGGAUUAGGUCGGAUUCGUUUGAAGACCCGAACCUAGUCAUGUUAUUCUUCUACGAGGUCUUCAAGCUCAAAAAUUCCAACAAAAUCCUUCUUAAAUUCUGCUGCCUGCAUGACGAUCCGUUUGAGGACUAA